UUGUAGUAGUGGUUUGCUAUAAGUAAUUAUGUCUGACGGAGAUUCUCAGUUUAACAGUAGAAAACGAGUUCGUUUGUACGGUAUUUAAUUAGAAGAUUAGGUGAAAAAAACACUGACUGUUUACUCAGCAACCAAAAUUCAAAUCAAAAAUUUCAUAUUUCUCCUUAUAGAAAAAAAAAAGAAUAACAGAGUGUGAAAAGUUUUACAGUUGUCAUCAAACGUAAGAUAAUAUUUCUCAACGAUCCAGAAUUCUUAUGAAAAUAUGAAAUCGUUGAGGAAUCUGUCACAUUUUAUCAAAAGACUCGAAUCGACAUUUAAGGAUGGCGUUAAAAUACAAUUUUAUAAUUGUAAGCGUGGUUACGCGCAAUCGAAAGAAAAAAUUAUUCGAGAUAAUAAUGGUGAAUUAAUCAUUCCAUCACCCUACGGUGCUAUUACUUAUCCCAACAUGUAUAUACCGGAAUAUGUUUGGCGUAACGUUAAUACAUUUCCAAAAUUAACUGCAUUGGAAUGUGGUAUUACUGGUAGGAAAUAUACGUACAGUCAAGCAAGGGAUGCUACCAAUUACAUUGCAAGGAGUUUGAGAAACUUGAAUUUUAAAGAAGGUGAUGUUAUUGCUUUGAUUGCACCGAAUUUGCCAGAAUGGAGUUUAGCAUUCCUUGGUAUUUUGGAGGCAGGUCUCAUCGUUACAACGAUCAAUCCACAAUACACGAUUGAGGAAAUAAAAAGACAAUUGGAGUCAUCUAAUGCGAAAGGUAUCAUCACGGUAAGAGAAAUUUGUCCAAUUGUACAAAAAGCGACAACAAAAAUACAAUUGGGAUCAUCCAUCAUCGUUAUCGAUGAUCAAACUGGUCCCAUGAUGGAAGGAGUGAUACCUUUUCAGGAUUUGAUUAAUCGUGGUAAAAAUUUGCCCCCAUUGAAACCCCUUAGUCGUUCUAUAAAUGAUCUCGCAGUUUUACCUUUUUCGAGUGGGACAACAGGAUUACCAAAAGGUGUGAUGUUAACUCAUACUAAUUUAAUCGCAAAUAUGGAAAUGGUGAAUGCAUCAGUUGAUCCACAAAUAUGGGUUCAAAUGUCGGAUGGUGUUAAUCAAGAAGUUAUACCAGCAUUCUUACCAUUCUUUCACAUUUUUGGCAUGAACGGUAUUUUGUUACCUUGUCUGAUGGCUGGAGUAAAACUCGUUACACUACCGAAAUUUCAACCGCAUACAUUUAUCGACGUUCUCGUCAAACACAAGCCAACAAUUUUGAUAUGCGUACCACCAGUAAUAAUGUAUCUAUCACAAUCACCACUUAUCAAAAAAGAAUAUAUUUCGAAUGUACGAAGUGUUUUCAGCGGUGCAGCACCAAUUACAAAAAGGGACGUUGAUAUGUUUUAUGAAAAGUAUCAAUUGAAUAACAGUAAUUUCAAAUUUGCUCAAGGCUAUGGAUUAACGGAAUGUUCACCAGUGUCAUUUAUCGAAAAAACUGGUUUAAAGUAUUCUAGUAUUGGAAAGAACGUUUGUGGUUGCGAUGCAAGAUUAAUUGAUCCCAUAACAAACGUAGAUAUAUCUGAACCCGGUAAAAAUGGGGAAUUGUGGAUUAGGGGUCCUCACGUUAUGAAAGGUUACUAUAAUAAUCCGGCAGCAACUAAGGAUAUAUUAGUGGACAAUGGUUGGAUGAAAACCGGCGAUAUUGCAUACUUCGACGAGGAUUAUGAUUUUUUCAUAACCGAUAGAUUGAAAGAGUUGAUCAAAGUCAAAGGUUUUCAGGUUGCACCGGCAGAAUUAGAAGCAAUUUUAAGAACACAUCCUGACAUACAAGAAGCCGCAGUAAUCGGUAUUAGUGAUGCUAGAUGCGGAGAAGUACCAAGAGCUUUUGUUGUAUUAAAAAAUGGCAAAAAAGUUAGUGAAAAGGAAAUCAAAAAUUUCAUUAAGGAUAAAGUUUCCGAAUACAAACAACUCAAUGGUGGUGUUUCAUUUAUCCAAGAGAUUCCAAAAAAUCCAACUGGCAAAAUUCUACGAAUGCAAAUCAAGAAAGCAUAUCUUAAUGGAGAUCUAUAGAAUCCUUAGAAUCAAUGAUAUUUUAAAUUACCUGACAAUAAUUACUUGACAAUAUCUAGGUGCCAUUUGUUU